UGGACGCGCCCUCGCUUCCGGCCGUGGCUGGGCCUAGCCGGGAGCGUCCCUCGGUGGCGGCGGCGGCGGCGGCGAUGGACAGCGAGUUCUCGGACGCGGAGGCGGCCCCGGGCGGGGAGGAGAAUGCGCCGGUUUAUUGCGUGUGCCGCAAGCCCGACAUCAACUGCUUCAUGAUCGGCUGCGACAACUGCAACGAGUGGUUCCAUGGGGACUGCAUCAACAUCACCGAGCGCAUGGCCAAGGCCAUCCGCGAGUGGUACUGCCGGCAGUGCCGCGAGAAGGACCCGUCCCUGGAGAUCCGGGUACCGGCACAAGAAGUGGCGGGAGAAGGAGCACGAGGGGGCCAAGGGGCAGGAGCUGGAGCAGGGCCGGGCGGCCAAGUAUUCCACAGCCUGAACCCCGGCACUGGGGCCUAUGACAGCUUUUAA